CGCUAGGAAGCUGCUCCUUCCUUCGCCACCUAACGCUGAUAACUCCACUUCUCCAUCUCCUCUCUCUCUCUCUCUCUCUCUCUCUCUUACACACACACACGCACAUUCUUCUCUGUUCUCUUCUUUUUCUCUCGCCCUCGUCAUCCUCUUGUCCUUCACGUUUAACCCGCGGCCAACAAAUUCGAGCCGAGUCGUUGUUUGCACGCUUAAAGUUUGGGAUCCUUCCAAAAGAAGUCGUCGGCCUCCCACCGCCACCCGCCAGAAGCUCUCUGUUGUGAUCCAACCCUUUUCAAGUCUGUAGACUGGAGCAGAUUGCCAUCCGAACUCGAAUUCCCCCACCAUUCUUGCAGAUGCUGUCUAGAUCUAAAUGUUUAUUGGGAUAGGGUUGUCACCGGUUUCUAUUCUGGGGUAAUGCGGGCUUGAGAAGUGUCAAAGGAGCUGGAUUUUGCUCCAUAUUUGGGGUCGAGAUAUCUUACCACCAGCAAUAUGAGCUCUUCAGACAGUAGCCUUUCUGAAGGUUUAUCUAAAAAGACUGGUCUUUUAGGACUGAAAGUAUGGGUUAUUGUUGGUAUAUGUUUUGGGGUUCUCAUGCUAUGCAUUCUACUCAUAUUGAUAAUAUGUCUAACUUAUCGGAGUUGGAAAAAGCUGAGGACUUCAUCAAAUCCACCGCUCACACAAAUUCCUGUUGUUUCUAAAGAAAUUAAGGAGGUAAGGGUGGAGCAACUUCCUCCCCUUGGCUUUAUUGGACAUGAUCAAGUUCUUCUCACGAUUCAGAAUAAUUCCAAUGAAAGAGAAUCAAACAAUGCUAUGAAUCGUCCGGGCAUGAUUUAUUCAAAAAAUGCAGAUGGCAAGGAUCAUUCAGACUCAUUUCACCAUCAUGAAAAAGAUGCUAGUUCCCAAUCGGGUGAUGAUUCGGGAACAUUUGCUGCUUAUAAGCCAUCUGCCAAUCCCAUAGCUGCUCCAUCACCUCUUGUAGGCCUUCCAGAGUUCUCUCACCUUGGAUGGGGUCAUUGGUUUACUUUAAGGGACCUGGAACUUGCAACAAAUCGUUUUUCAAAAGAUAAUGUCCUAGGAGAGGGAGGUUAUGGAAUUGUUUAUCAGGGUCAAUUGAUUAAUGGAACUCCAGUUGCUGUUAAGAAACUUCUUAACAACCUAGGACAGGCCGAAAAGGAGUUUAGGGUGGAAGUUGAGGCAAUUGGCCAUGUCCGCCACAAAAAUCUAGUACGACUUUUGGGAUAUUGUGUGGAGGGUACUCAGAGGAUGCUUGUUUAUGAAUAUGUUAAUAAUGGGAACCUUGAACAAUGGCUUCAUGGAGCUUUGCGUCAAAGGGGUUUUCUAACUUGGGAGGCUCGUAUCAAGAUUCUCCUUGGCACUGCUAAAGCCUUGGCCUAUCUUCAUGAAGCAAUUGAACCAAAAGUGGUUCAUAGGGAUAUCAAAUCCAGCAAUAUAUUAAUUGAUGUUGAAUUUAAUGCCAAGGUGUCAGAUUUUGGCUUAGCAAAGCUGCUAGGUGCCGGGAAAAGCCAUAUUACUACUCGAGUUAUGGGAACCUUUGGCUAUGUAGCACCAGAAUAUGCUAACACUGGACUUCUUAACGAGAAGAGUGACAUAUAUAGCUUUGGAGUUGUUCUAUUGGAGGCCAUAACUGGAAGGGAUCCUGUUGAUUAUGGUCGUCCUGCAAAUGAGGUAAAUUUAGUGGACUGGCUUAAAAUGAUGGUUGGUAGCAGGAGAUCUGAAGAGGUUGUGGAUCCAAGCAUACAGGAAAAGCCAUCCACUAGAGCUCUCAAGAGAGCCCUUUUAACAGCUUUAAGAUGUGUUGAUCCUGAUUCUGAGAAGAGGCCUAGGAUGGGGCAGGUUGUUCGAAUGCUAGAUUCUGAUGACCCAAUAACACGUGCGGACAGGAGGCAUCGAAGGAACCGGGCUGGAAGCAGUGAAAUAGACUCCCAGCGAGAUAACUCUGAUACGGACAAAAGUGAUAACCCAGAUUCUAAGCCGAAUGCCACGAGCAGCAAUUCGAACAAGUAGGAUGUUGGCGUUUGAGGGGAGAUGUCAUCUAUUGUUUCGUUAUUCUUUGAGCCUUGCAGCAGUAUUGUGUUUGCUUCCCCCGCAAAGUUCAUACGUGAAUUGUAGUCAAGGGCAGGGCAUGUAGUCCAAUCUCUGUAUUUUUAUUUUCUUUUUUCUCUGUUCUUUAUUGCACUUUUAAUUUAGAUCAGGAUUAUAUAUUUUAUGUAUAAAGAUUUUAUAGUACCCAAAACACGUUGUACAGGGUAACGUUUGUAAGGGUUCAAAUGGUGUUUGCUAAGAUUGAUUUGUGUUUCGUGUCA